AUUGCUGGCAGUCCUGGCAGACAGGCAGCUCAAGCUGCUUUGGCACAUCCUGCUGUGGACUGCAAGAUGAAAAGGUCAAUGCUCUUCCUUGGCUUUCUUCUUGUUUUCCUUGGUCUGGCUCUGCCAGGCACCCAGGGGAAAAUAAUUUCCAGAUGUGAGAUGGUGAAGAUCCUACGUCGGAAUGGCUUUCAGGGCUUUGAGGGCACAACUGUUGCUGACUGGAUGUGCCUGAUAAAAUAUGAGAGUGGUUAUAACACGAAAGCAUACAAUAACAAUGGGCCCAGCAGGGACUACGGCAUCUUCCAGAUCAACAGCAAGUACUGGUGCAAUGAUGGCAGGACCUCUGGAUCCAAGAAUGCCUGCCACAUCAGUUGCUCAAAACUGCAAGAUGAUAAUAUUGGGGAUGAUAUUCAGUGUGCCAAGAAGAUUGCCCGGGAGGCUCAUGGCCUCAGUCCCUGGUAUGGCUGGAAAAACCAUUGCCGGGGCAGAGACCUGAGUUCCUUUGUCAAAGGUUGCUAAAUCACUCUACCGGUGCUGAUCGUUUCCUCAGGACCACCAGCAUUUGGAGAGGAGGCCAGGGAAAUGCAUGGGUGCGGGGAAUUAAAACCAGUAUAUUAUUAAGAUAGAGUGGGUACUGGCUAGUGCUAACUCUGGAAGCCUUUCACACUGCUGCAAUGCAAACAGAGAACUCACAGCUCACAGCUUAAUAAAAACAGGUGUAGCAACAAGCCACUACAAGUGGAGUUUCAGCCUUGAUUUACUUGCAUAAUCCCGACUCAAGAUUUUGUUACCCUAGCAGGGCUUAGCAACAUUUAGGAUUUCUCUCUCUCUUUUGUUUUUUUCUCUGUUCUCCUUCACCCCCCCUUCCUCCUCUCCUUCUUCCUCUUUAUUUUUUUGCCUAUUCUUAUUGGAGUGUCUGUAGUGAGGAAAUACAAAAAUAUAAUGAACAUUGUGUAAGAUGUGCAGAAUUACGUUGCCUUAUGACUCAGACAGUCACUGAUUAAGACAGACCACUGACAGAGAGAGAAAACUAUGCUGAAACAUGACAUUGCUCCUUAAAUUUAUCUGAGCAUCUGUCCCUGUCUGGUAUGAGGGAUAGGGCACUGAAACAUAUGUGCAUCUGGCCUGAGGGAAUACAGCAUUCCUUAUAAUUCUUUAGGGAAGUCAAUCAAACAGCCUAGACUGCAGGCAGCCUCUCUGUGAGGAAACGAUGGGUUGGAAAGGCUGUUAGGGAAGGGAAAUGUCUUGUUGUUUAGUUCACAAGUCCUUUUUCCAAAUGAAAGCUGGAUUUAGAAACAGUGCAUGAAUGAAAGGUGCUAACACUGAAACAACAUGUUUACUGCUUCAUGUGCUUUCUGCUGCUGCUAGGGAAGCAAUGACUUAUUUGGUGCUUAUGCAAUAAAGGGAUGCUUAAACUCA